GCGAAAGUAGUCACGCUAAUAAGUUGCUAGCUUAUUUGUCGCCAAUCAACUCGUUAUACGCUAUACUAGCCUCGAAAUCGGUGUCCAUUGAUAUCGCGGUGUCUUUUAGUGGUGUACUAUGUCUUCAUCCGACAGUACGAUCAGACAGUUAGCCAUCGGUGCCGUCGAUCUGAUGGCCGGAUCAGCCGGUGGUGUGGCCACUGUACUGGUGGGGCAACCGUUGGACACAAUUAAAGACGGGUGGUUUAGAGGCCUAUACGCGGGAACGGCGCCCGCACUGGCAGCUAAUGUGGCCGAGAAUUCUGUGCUGUUCUGUGCCUAUGGUUUCUGUCAGCAAACGGUGUGUCAUGUGAGACAAAGUCAGACACUGACGCCCAUUGACAACGCAUUGGCCGUACAGUGGCCACACCACCUGUCGUAUGACCAGGGUAGUAUCAUGUCAAACAAAUCGACGGCACCGAUGGCUAACUGUCUGAUCGUACUGUCGGAUGAAGACAUAGUACACCACUAA